AUGCCAUCCUUGUUUCCUCCUAAUCUAGGCUUUGGCCAAAAUCCUUCGCCCGUCCCUCAACACGCGCAGGAUGGUGCUACCCGUCCGUUUGAUUAUAAUACCGACACCUACAACGCAAACACACGUCUACCGGGAUUAGGGGUCCCGAGCGCCGCUGGUCCCUUAGUACCGCCGCCUCCAUUCACUUUCAUGCCGCCUUUUCCUUCCACUCAGUUCCCUCACCCUCCCUUUCCACCACUACAGAUGCCACCGUUACGAUACCCCUCGAUUCCUGUACCACCGGUUCACGGUUAUGAACCGGUUCGUCAUGCAACUAGCGACUACCAGAUGAAUAAUUCCAUCCCUACUCCGCCGGGUCCUCAGCCUGCCGCUGCUGCCAACUCGGAGUCAGACCCAGACCGAGAGGAAGGCGAGCUCACAGAUCGUGAAGAAUCUUCGUCGACGCAGCCUAGGCCACAUAAUUUGAACCCGGGACCCGGGUCAGGACAUAGCUACGAUACUCAGAUGGCUCGAGCUAUGGACGGUAACAACGAUUUCAUGGAAAGCGAUCGGACAGUGAAGCCAAAUGGCACUGGUAGUCAUGAUUCACAUAACUCUCACUUGUUGGCGAUGGCCACCGUAGGCUCAGCACCAGGAUAUUCGGAGAUGGAUAGAGGCGGGGCUUCACCAGAAACUCGCCUAUCGUCCAGAAGCAGUGGGUCACCCUAUAAUCCUGCUCCUCCCAUCUCUACUGAGCCACCGGUUUCGGACACCGCACCAGAACCAGAAGUGCCAACUUCGUCAAUCCCGCAAUAUGAAGCGGACCCCGACAAAGGAGUGAGCAGCGCAGCUUCAACUGACCCGCAGUCAAUACCCGGCAGCGGUAGGUCAUUGGCACAACUUCGCGUCCAGGCACAGGGGGCACUUCUGAGCUUGGCGCCUCACAACAUUCGAUAUGCCGAGUUUGUCGGGGAAGGAAUUAACCCGGUUAUCCUUCGUCAACUCUAUGAAGAAGUUGGAAUAAAGAUUGCCACUCCGGUACAGGGCGUCUCAACACCUCCGUCCAGUGCAACCUCCUUGGAAUCCGACCGUUCGUCGACUAGCCAGUCCGGGGAACCAGAGCAAGGAAGCCACUCAGUUCUCAAGUCAGAUGCGGAUCAAAGUUCGGCAUCGCAAUCCAAAUCUACCGAAUUGCCACCGGAUACCACGAAACCCAUGGAGCGGAAGGAGGUUAUUGCUCGUAUGCUUGCUGCAAAGGCUGCAAAGGGUUCCGGGGCGCCUGGACAAGUUCAAGUGCAGGCGACCAAGGAAUCUAGUGCGUCCGAAGAUUCGGUUCUGCCGAAUGCUGACAAGAAUGCGGCAAUUUCCUCCCAGGACUCGAUAAAGGAAAAGGAGACUCGUGUCAAGGAAAAGAACAAGGCUCAGACUGAGUUGGCCCGGCAGCGGAUUGAACUGCUCAAGAAACAGGGCUUGAUGAGGAACGGUCAAAAAUCGCAGUCGAAUUCGGUGCCUCCCGAGAAAUCCCAACCAUCGAUUAACUCCGGUACUGAAUCAUUGUCGACUUCGACCCCGAUGCCAAUCCAACAUCCAUUGCCAGAACGCCCUCCUGAUCCUGAGCCCAAUUCUUCGGCCCGUAUACCUGGGCUCUUCAUGACGGAGCAAGAGCCGGAGAAUGUACAGACUCCUGUUUCCGCUGCUCAGGGUGCUACUGAUGCGGUGUCACAAACCCGUGUUAAUCAGCGCAAACGUCCUCGAGCAUCUGAUUUUGACGAACCUGUCCCGAUCCCGAAGAAGACCUUCAACAACGGCGGCAGUUAUGCCUAUCCUGAGGCUCAGAGGCUCGUCAUUGAUAUCAGCGAUGAUGACGAGUUCUACGGCGAUGAUGAGCACGACAACAUGGAUGUGGACCUGCCAGCCGGCAAGGAAAUGCAAGAUGUGGAGGGCUUGCUUCGUACUUACACACCAACCGUCGAUAUUCUGCCUCAACGGCCGGCAACUGCAUCUAGUCAAGGGUUUUCUGCCUCGGCUACCCCACAGAGCCUGAGGAACAAUGAUCAGGAGCAUCAGGAGCAUCUUCGAAGAAAGGACCUGGAGAUCAAAGCUAUGCACAAGCGAAUUGCCGAACUAGAAGAGCGGAAGAAAGCAAAGCUGGCAGCCAGCCGUACACAAUCACCUCGCCCAUCAGACGUUCCGGAACCUUCACCUCCUACGGACAAACUCUCGCCUACCGACGUCAGCGAAACACCGAAACUCCCUGUAGAAGCUGAGGAGGAGAAUAAGUCCCCUGCCAACAUUGAUCUGACCCAAGUGGAGAGUAUCAAGGUCAAAUUAUUGCGCAAACAGGAAAUCGAAGAUGGUAUUCCUGCGCUAGAUGCCGAGAUAAAUAAGUCCGAGGCGAAGUUGGCUGAGGUCAAUGAGGAAGAAGCCAGGCUAGUGUCCGAAAUUACCAAAGGGCGUGAAGGCCGGCAGCAGCUCUUGGAUGAGUUGAAUAACCUCAACGUGGAGCUUAAUGGGCUAACCUUCGAUGAUGUGGAGGCUGCGAUACGCCGCGCACAGGAAAAGGAACAUAAGGAAGCCAAGGAACAUACGCCCGAGCUUGAAGCCGCAGACCAACAAAAAGGUUCCGACAUUGAACAUGCAAUUUCUGAUCCCACGCAUGCCGGUUUACCCGUCAACAAAGAACCCGAAGAUGAGGAGCCGUCCCAUCAAUCCGUCGUAUCUGAAGAAGUUCCCAAACCUGAUUCCGGCAACGGGUCUAACAUUGUACCUGAUGACAAGGUGAUGGAUGACGUUAGCGAGUCUUCCGGAGAGGUAUCCAGUUCUGAUUCCACGGGUUCGGCAAUGGAUGAGUCUAGCGACAGCUCUAGUGAUGAGUCUCUUGACGAAGAGGAGCUUCCAGCUCAUACACCCGCUCCAGAGACGAACACCCCGUUGGAGUCAGGCGGACCCGCUGAAGAUGGACAACCAGAGCCAAUUGAGGCAGAGGCAGGCAUUCAUCAUGAUCUUCCCGAGCGCCCGCGAACCCUAGAUGCGGAGCCACGGGCGGAGCUACCUUCUGAACAGGUUGCCGAUGAACAAAUCAUCGAGGACGAAUGCCAAGCCUCCCGUGAAUCUUCCGUCUCAGAUGCGUACGAGCCUCCUGAGCCAGAAGAGACAGCUAGCCCCGCUGAUUCCAGCUACUCCCCACCUUUCAGCCCUGCAUCUCCCGAUCCUGUUGACUCCCUUGAGGUCUCCACCGCAGAUGAGACGAGACAGGCUGACGAGCCACUAACGAGAAAGGUUCAGGAAUGGGAUAACCAACAACCAAGUGCUUAUGCUCAGGUUGGCAUUCUGGAUGUGCGGUGCACCUCAAUUCCGCCUAAGGUGUGA